AUGGCACUUUCAAAGCCCAUCAAGUCGAGCGUGGGCCUCGGGAACCGCGUCCUCCUCGACAAGAUGGACAAGCUCCGAGGGCUGGGCAUUUCCAACCUCGUCUCUCUUCCUCAGAUGGUCGUCGUCGGUGACCAGAGCGCUGGAAAGUCGAGUGUCCUCGAGUCUCUCACCGGCUUCCACUUCCCUCGCUCCGUCACACUCUGCACCCGCCACGCCACAGAGAUCAUCUGUCGUCGCGAGGAGACAAAGAAUAUUGUCAUUUCAAUUCAGCCCGCGGAUCCAAACAACACAGAGGCCCAAAAGUUUCGCCGCGAGACGAAGGACCUCAAUGCCCAGGAGUUUGCCCAGAUCUUUGUGGAUGCGGCCAAGGUCAUGGGCAUUAAGUCUGGUUCUGACGAUGAUUCGACUGGCUCUGCCUUCAGUCGAGAUAUCCUCCGCGUUGAGAUCAGUGGACCGAACGAAGACCACUUGACUGUCAUUGACGUCCCAGGAAUGUUUGAGAACGUCACCCCUGGCGUCACGACAAAGGAAGACAUCGAUCUGGUCAAGGACAUGGUGAGAAACUACAUCAAGGAGUCUCGCACCAUUAUUCUUGCCGUCGUCCCUUGCACUGGCGACAUUGCCAAUCAGAAGAUCUUGACUCUCGCCAAGGAGGUUGACCCGGAGGGCAAACGAACACUAGGCGUCCUUACCAAGCCUGACCUUGCCGUCGAGCAAGCUACCAAGGCUGUUGUCGUCAACCUUGUUAACGGGAACCGCCGAGAUCUUGUCCUGGGCUACUGCGUGGUCAAAAACCGAGGUGCUGACGACACCUCUUCGAGCGCUGAGGAGCGCAAUCUCAAGGAAGAGAACUUCUUCAGAGAGGCGCCUUGGAGCAAGCUUCCGGCGGACCGUCUUGGUAUCCCAGCUCUCAAAGCUCGCCUUCAGCACUUACUAAUGGACCGCAUCAAGAGCGAGUUUCCUAAGGUGCGCAGUGACCUGAUGACGAUGCUCAAGAAGAACGAGGCGCUUCUGGAGAACAUGGGAGAGUCGCGCAGCACCACUGAACAGCAGCGCGUCUACCUCGGACGCAUCGCUUCGCGCUUUACCCAGAUCAAGAACUGCGGUCUGGACGCCUACUACUCACGCAACAAGAUCUUCCACGAACAGGAAGAGCUGAGGCUCAUCACACGCAUCCGGGAGAUCAAUGAAGCCUUCGCAAACGUUGUGUUUGACAAGGGUCACACGAGGAACUUCCAGCCGCCCGGUGAGAAGGACAGUGAAGGAAGCUCUUCUGGUGAUUCCGACGUCGAGAGUCAAGUGACCAUCCGAGAUGACCUGUACGAUGAUGAAAUGACCUUUGUGAUUCCGCUGGUGGGAGAACAGGAACUGGGUGAUAGCAUCCUCCAUGAAGCCUACUGCUGCCCUGAUCCGGAAGAUGACAUUCUGGCCUUCAUCGAGAAAGAGUACCGCUCAUCGCGUGGCUACGAGCUUGGAACUUUCGGCGGCGAGAUGCUCCCCACCAACUUCAAGGAGCAGUCCAAGAAGUGGUCUCCCAUGGCUCGAGCCCACGUCUCCAACGCCAUCCUCAUCGUCCACCACUUCAUCCGCAGUGUCCUCGACGCCUGCUGCCUCGAUAACACCAUCCGCGAUGAGCUGUGGAACUUCAUCGUUGAUGACCUCCAGGAGCGGUACCGCCGUGCCGUCGACCACACCGAGUUCCUCCUCGAGGUAGAGUUCGAGGGCAAGAGCAUCACGUACAGCCCCGCCUUCAACAAGAAGCUUCACGUCACCAAGUUUGCGCAUGUUGAGGAGCUUGGCAAGCAGAUUGAGUUGACGAUCAGUACUUGCGAGUCCGGGGUGCAUGCUGCAGGUCGAGAGGCCCGGGAGAUGGUGGAAAAGGGCUUUGGAGAGUCAGAUGACCUCGCAUCCACCUGCCGGAACAUCCAUGAUGUCCUACACACAUUCUACGACUUUGCCCGGACCCGCUUCGUCGAUGUCGUCUGCCAGCAGGUUAUCGACCACUUCCUCCUAUACUCACCCAAUGGACCCCUCACCGUACUCUCCGAGGAGCUUAUCCUCCAUAUGACGCCCGAGAACCUUGAAGCCAUCGCUGGCGAGGAAAUGUGCAGCCGCGACCGUCGGGAGAAGUUGACUCUUGACAUCGCCAACUUGAAGGAGGCUCUCAAGAUUCUCCGUGGCUAA